CAGACAAAGUUUUCUUGGGCGCUGCUAAUUUCCAUAGCACCAAUCUUGAAAAAUGAUCCAGCAGAAGAAGAACCUAAUUUAUAUUGCCUAUUUGAUAGCAAAGAUUGCACUGGUGACAUGUUACACUAACAAAUUCAACCCAUGUGACAUUUACUGCCCGGAUGUACAUGUUGAGACGUGCACACCAACGUACCAUUGCACGACUCAGACGUACGACGUCCCGAGGUCCGGUUGUUAUAGAUGCUGCUCACCUCCGUUGCCGGCCGCUUCGCAUGUAUCUCCUUGCUACCCAUUCCAAUGUCACAUGCCCCAUUAUCCACCACAUGCCAAUCAUCCUGCCCCAGCUUAUUGUGUGCAGUCCGUAGUUGUCGGUGGUACCAAGCACGACCUCCAUGACACCAGUAAAACCAAUAAGACUAGUCAUUUAAAACAAUUAGAUGGUGAUAAAAGUAUAAUCUUGAAUUGUAAUUGUAAUGGUAAAAAUGAUGGAAACUUAGAACCGAGCGAUAGUUCUGUACAAAGCAGGAUUGUCGACUCAAAGGAUACACCUAACAACAAUGACCGUUAUGAGAAGUAUGUAGAAAAACUUUUAAAUAUGAUCGAGGAUAAGCUUGAGGCUGAGUCGAGCCCAAUGGUAGUUGUCGCGGAACCACCUCCAGAGGUUCGGGUCAAAACUUUAAGAAGAAAAAAGCAGAAAAAGUACAAAUUGGCAUCGUACGAAGCAGCUGAGCCAAUCGUCAUGGUCGAGGAAGAGGAAGAGCCAUCCUACAUCCUUCACCCAAGGCCUUCCUGCAGGCACUGCCUGACCAGUUGCUGCUGCUGCUAGUUUAUUGUUCCUUUAUUACUCUUAAUAUUAAAUUAAUGUUUCCUAGCAGUCAAUAAAAUUGUAUUUUAUAUUUUAAUUAUACGAAUUUAAGCAUAAGUAAUUAUGUUAAUUUUGCCCUUUUUGUUCUGCUCUUUGAAGUAAUCAUUAAUUAAACAUCAAUAAUAAAAAACCGUUUAUG